AUUGUAAAACGACGAGUACCGGUACCGCUUAUCGAAUAUGAACAACGUACGCUUAAGUUUACAUUAUCAAAAUCUCGAAAAAAGGAAGACUUUGGUAUUAUUCUUGGUUGUAAAUUUUACAUCAAAGAAAUUACAAAUCGUAAAUUAGCUGAAAAGGAUCCUGGUUUACGUGAAGGUGAUACAGUACUCAGGAUAAAUGGUCAAUCUGUAGAAGGUAUUACAAUUGAGGAAGCAACCAAAUGGCUUUCAAAAAGUCGUGAAAAACUUUCGCUUGUUGUUCAGAGAGAUGUACGACGAGAUGGUAGCAGGUAA